GCACAGGUGGGUGCACUGCUGGGCACAGGUGGGUGCACUGCUGGGCACAGGUGGGCGGAGCUAGUGGGCGCACUGCUGGGCACAGGUGGGCAGAACUUGCGGGCGGCACUGCUGGGCACCGAUCAUCAGGGCACUGAUCAUCAGUGCCCUGAUAAUCGCGUGAGGAAAGUGCAGCCGAGAACCGGCACUUGCAUUUCCCUCUGAUCAGCGUGUCAUUGGACACCGCUGAUCACGUGGUAAAAGGCCGCUGUGAUUGGCCUUUUACCACAUCACGUGAUCAGCUGUG